AUGACAUCCAAAUACGAGUCCACCGACAACAUCUACGCAAAUGGAAUCUCAUGCAUUUACUCCAUGGAGGACGACAAAGCACAGCUGGAAGUACAUACCAUAUUCGGUUCUAACAGGUACAAUGGUAGGCUGCAAAUCAGGAUCUUUGUGCGCCGACUGUCGAAGUCCUCGGAGCCCACCACUACGAUGAAGCUACACGCCACCGAAGGGUUCCACGAAAGCCUGAAUGAUUACCGUGAUGGGGGAAACAGAUUGAUGGGGAUAGAGUCGCUCAGUCUGUUUGGCUACUGGCUCGAUGAAGCUACCUCGACUCACGCAGCGACUGCGAAAACUAUGAUCGAUUGGUUCAAAGGAAACAACUUCAAAUCUGCGCUGAAACCUCACAUGGAAUCGGCAAUCAAGGAGAUGCAAAAAAAGUAUCCCAGACGUAAGUGGCCUCCUCUGCCCAUCGACUCACACGAGAACAAGCCGGAUGUGCACUCGGACAAUGGGGGCAGCGAUUCGAUGGGUAGUGCGGAGAACUCCGACGAAGCUCCGUCCCACGCUGAGACCGCAGGUACCUCCUCUGGAAACUCGGGUCAACUUCCCGACUCCACGCUUGACACCCAAGUCUGUUCCCCAGAAAUAGCUGUUCUCGUGACCACGUCGGACAGUCCGUACGAUAGUGAUCGUUCAGCUUUUAUAUUGACCGUUGAUAUCUCAGAUAUGACUACAUGA